AAGUUGUGUUAGCUACGGCUUCCAGAUUGCACAUAAAUAGCAGCCCGAAUACCCAAUUUUACAGAUGGGCGCCUGGUUGGAGAGGAACUGAUAUCCCGUCAAUAUGAAGGAACUAAUUUUGGUUGUUUUGGUAGCAGCGCAAUGUUCAGUCACCCACGCACAAACUGCUACAUGUGGUGAACAGAGAUUUGAUGUCAUUGCUCUUGUAGAUGGAUCCGGGAGUAUUGCAAGGGCCGAUUUCCAAAAAAUAAAAAAUUCUUUGGAGAUGUUUCCGGCUUCUCUUGGACUAAAUGGAGUUGACAGGCGUUUUGGAGUGGCAGUUUUUAGCUCAAUUGUAACGGUACCUAUUCCAUUAUCUAGCAACGUGACUGCCUUGAUGUCGGGUAUUGCUUCUCUGCAACAACCAAAGGGAGGGACAAAUACAGCUUUGGGAUUGACGCGUGUGAUUCAAGAAUUUGAAGAUUAUGGAAUACCAGAAAAUAAACAAUUUAUUAUUGUAAUAACAGAUGGAAGGUCGAAUAAUAUGAACGCAACAUUGGCCGCUGCAGCACAAGCAAAGAACAUGGGUAUAAGCGUGUUUGCUGUUGGGGUUGGUAGUGGUCCCGUGGCCUCAGAAUUAGCAGGAAUCGCCUCGGAUUCGUCACAGGUCAUCAACAUUGAUAAUUUCGAUCAACUUACCCAAACAAUAGUUGGCGUGAUAGCUAUGGUCUGUGAUGAUACCGAUGUUUACACCGAUGAUGGACCAUGUUUUGGAUGUAUCCUGAGGAAUGGUAUUGGUUACCUCCGAACUAGCGAUUGCGAUAAAUUCCUACAAUGUCAACUAUCACUCGCCUAUACUGUCAAACAGUGCCCGUUUGGAACUUAUUGGGACCAAUCUGCUCUCACCUGUAAUUAUAUUGGCAAAGUCAACUGUCCUAAUGAUGUAUGUACCGCACCAACACCACCUGCCACCUAUAAAACCAGCGGAAAUUGUUCUCAGUAUUAUCAAUGUGUUAACGGAGUGUCACACAGCCGAACAUGCCCCGAGGGUCAAUCCUACAAUGCUAUUCUAGGGUACUGUAUCACGGAUUCAGACUGCAAACCAGAGCCGCCAGUCCCGAGAAAGUGUCACAUGACAGCCAUAUUAAACGAGCCCUGUUACUACAAUUGGGAUGUUUAUGGAGUAACAUAUAAGAUGCCCUGUCCUGGUGGAACAGCUUAUGAUCAAUCUGUCUGUGGUUGUAGUACAUCCGUUCAUACAUCUUGUAUACCAGUUUGUAAGCCUAUUGUCCACAUCGAUUUUAACAGUGCCGAACCAGGAGAGUAUGGUAACUAUGGAGCUGUUAUACAGAAUGGUCUAGCAUACUUUAAUGGUAGAAGCAGCAUCAAGAUUCCUCGACUGGCGAAUGUUGACUUCCGAGAUCGGAUCACCAUCUACACGAGAUACAGAGCUGAAUUUCCUAGCAAUACAACUCAACAAGCCGUCGUUGCUAAUGGUGACUGCAAUGAAGCGUCAACAAUUGCUAUUGUAGCUGAUGGUCAGUCAACUGAAUUUACAGCUCAAAGCGUGUCCAGAUCACCACAGACACUGACUACUUCUACAUCUAGCACUUGGAAAGAAGUUGUAUACAAAUUGAAAUCAGGAACGUUCAGUGGUAAAGAUGGUCUUCAACUCGAUUCCACGCCUUUUGCAGGACUGUUGCAAGUAUCACAGUGUGCCUUCCAGGUGGGUCAUGGUGAGGGAUUUAAUGAUUUCCGUGGAUGGGUUGAUUAUGUUAUAAUUACAUUAUGCGAUAUAAAUCUUCUCAGCUCUACAACACCUACUGCUGCUACUGCUACUGCUACAACUACGACUGCAGCUACUACACGACCUAAACAUACGUCUCAGUAAUUUCAAUCAUUUCAAUUAGUGAGAGAGAGAGGGAAUGGGGGUUUAACAUCCACUCGACACAAACUAGGUCAUUUUGGGACUAACAUAUGGUUUAAUUUUAUUUCAAUAAUUCGCUUGCGCAUGGGGGUCUUUAGCAAUGGGAGGAAACCGGAGGACCCGGAGAAAACCCACGAGGUAGUAAAAUGUGCUAAAGAAGUAAUAAUUGAAUGUCUUUUGUCCGUACAGUUCUAAAAAGAGUAAUAUUAAAUAUGGCUUUUGUUAGAAUUAUUUUUGCGUAUGAUACAUUGAUGCAGCAUACACAUACGUCUGUUUAGUUCAAUUAAUACUUAAAGAUACAUUAUGUAAGAUUUAGAUAAAGAGCUAGCCAUUUUUGCUGUAAUAUUUCGAAAAUAGAUAAUGUAAAAUGAAAAAUUUCAUUCAAAUUACUCUAUGGCGAGCGACGAUAUUAGCCUUUGAAGGUUUGACUAGACGUGUGCAAUAAUUUCAACCACCGUAUUGGUUGUUCGAAGCUAAGUCUCGCUCCUCCAUUUUUAGCUUAAAUCAAAAUAUGGCUGAACUGUUCUAAUCUAUUUAAUAUCGGAGAAAUCCGAUGCUAUCGAGAGUUGAUUAUGGCCUGGAUAAUUUAAUUAAUGUCUAAUUAAUAGUCUAGAGAGCAUUUCAGGCCCAAAGAAAGACCUGCAAUAAGCAGAUGUAGCGCUUGCAUGCGUGUUUAAACCUAGGAAGUAACGUGCCUCUCACAAAAUAUGGCUUUUGUUAGAAUUAUUUUUACGUAUAAUAUACUGUGUCAAUAAAGGUUUUAUAUAACCCAGA